CCUUAAAUUUAAUUUGGUUUGUGUUGAGCUUUGAGUGGUAUAUUAAGUUCCCCAGGGCACGUCCAGUGGUGGUAACCUGCUGCCGAAAUUAGCCCUUCAUUACCACCCUUGGGGACGGUGGGAUAGACCGUUGGGGGAAGACUUAGACAGCUGCAGGUCUUUAGACAUUAGCCGUAGUUAUGUUUAUGAUGACGAGAAAACUACCAAUACUCCAAACGCAAAACUGAAUUCAAUGAAGACCCACCAGUGGGAUGCGACAGAGCUCUCAAGGAAUAGUUGCAUAAGAAGAGCACAGGUAUUACGCAGGAAAUCCAACACACACGUGUUAUGAAUGUUUCAUUUUGUGUCUGAUGUUUAAAAGGAAAAAUACUAAACGUUCCCAUAUAUAAAACAUUCUUUACUUAUUUCGACCACCUUCAUACCAAAGAGGUAAUACUUUAUACUGUAGGAUUUAAGGUUUAUAAUGAGGCUAAAUAUAGUUUUAGACACUCAAUAUUUAAUGUUGAAAGUUCAACAGUUUUAUAAUCACCAUAAUAUUCUGUUCCCAAUAAACAAAACGAAAUAACGUAGCGUUUGGCCUUGCACGUAAUAAAAUGCAGUUACUUCCUUUUUCCGAUGACCAAUGACUGUGAACUGUACAUUCCGUCAUCAAAGAUGGCCGGCGUGAGUGUUUUUGCCUGCAGCGCAGUCGGUGCAGAAGUACAAAACCGUUCGGAUAUUGAAAAAGAGCGCCAGGCAUGAAAAUGGCUGGUGGAAGCAGAGACACCACGGAAGUGACAUUAACAGAUGACGACGAUGAUGAAGAGAGUGACAGUGAUGAGGAACCGCACCGAAUUACGCUCCAGGCACUGCAGCAAGUACCUGCACAGUCUGUUGUUGUGGACGAUUCCAGCGACGUUCACGUCGGCCCGCGAUUGACCUACAACGGACCAGUCAUUGUCAAUCAGAUUUUACAGCUGACUGGUGAAGGCAGAGGUUUAAGCGAUAUUUCACAGCAGGGACUCCUGAGGCAGGCCAUUACUGCGCCGGGUAAUACUGCCGACCCGCUCAGUAACAACACGAAAGAGAACCAGUUUAACAAUGAAGUUGGGACAAACCCUAAUGCAGCACUCCGGGACCAUGCCGGUGCAAAUUUGCAUCGGCAGACCACCACAACUCCAAAGAAGUCUGUCAUCGUGCGGCUACUGUGGGUUUUUAUUGUCAUCAUUUCAUUCACGACUGUGUGUUUGAUUACAGCAUUUGCAAUACAGAACAGUCAGUAUGAGGAGCUGGUGUCUGUUGGCAUGAAGUCCUCGUCACAUUUCAAUGCAUCAGUUAGUGUGGGAUUUGAUCCAAUGAUGAAAACGCCAAGUUCAGAGCCCUUCCGACUGCCUGGAGGACACUAUAUCUAUUCCAAGCAGGACUUGGGAGCUAUCAAGGAAUUGUGCAGUGAGCAGCUGGUACAUCCAACUCCUGUAGUUGUCAUCUCCCACACGACGACUCGACAAUGCACCAGUUUUGAUACGUGUUCAGAAGCCGCGAGACUGAUUCAGUUGAAUAUCAUUGGCAAAAGAGGGUCACAAAACAGUGCUAAUGCAGCGGACAUUGGCUACAAUUUUCUGAUAGGAGGUGAUGGAAAUGUCUAUGAAGGUAAAGGAUGGGAUGAGAUGUCCUCCCAUAGAACACCAGAAGGUAUACUGGGAAUUUCUUUUAUAGGGAAUUAUCAUAAAGACAGGUUAACAUAUGGACAGAUAGAAGCAGCUCAAGAACUUCUUGCAUUGGGAGUGAAGUUAGAAAAACUGUCACCUUCCUACAUAUUGGUCGCACACUACCAGACUGCGUCGACAGAUAGUCCAGGAAAAAAUAUUGUAAAGGUUAUAGAGAAGUGGCCUCAUUGGUCGCCCAGUUACCGAAUUACAUGAUAAUGUUAAAUACGUGCAGUUGUGAUUUUGCCAUUCAAGGGAGAUACGGAUUCUCAUACACGACCGUCUUCCAAUAUGCGGCUCACCUGACCUAAAAUUGUAUGUGCAGUUAUAUCUGUUCGCACAUUUAUGGCGUAAUACUGCCGAGGACCAUGUGCCACAUCGUCAUUUACAUCUCUUUAGUUGUAAUACCGUCGCAGUUACAUGGACAGUAUCUGGCAACAUACUGAAAGUGACCACUUGUCAUAAAAAAAUUGACAGUCUGAGGGGUCAGAGGCCAAAGGUUUAUUACCCAGUAAUCUAAUUAGUCUCACAGUGAAAUAAGUUAUAUAAGUUAUGUUCUAUCGUAAUUCAUAUAUAAUUUUCAUUCACAAACAUCAUCCAAGGUAACAUUUUAUAAAAUUAUUUCCUGACAUGAUUAAGCAUUACUGCCAUCAUCAGGAGCAGUACCAAAUACAAUAAUAAGCAUAGGAACUGUUAAAUUUACAGACGUCUGUCUUCUGGGCUGUUGCACCGUGUAGUCUGGUAGAAGUUUACCGACGUUUCAGAGGUCCUUGCUGCCUCCAUCAUCAGACCCUGGACCUGUUAAACAUCGGCAAACUUC